UGGUAUUUCGGACAGAAUACAGCGAUCGAGUGACAUAGGGCCACUGCAGAUGCCGCUCAGCAAUGGAACUCCAGCCCCGGACGCCUUAGACGCGGUUGACUAUGAUCCGAUUGACCACCUGAACGCGCUGUUCUCCCACCCGUCUGCACUUACACAAGUCGCAAGCGUUUCGAUCUCCCUCCAGCAACACCAAAAUGACCUCGACCGCGAUAUAUCCUUUCUUGUCACAUCCCAGACAACGUCCGAUUCCGACAGUGUGCAACGGAUUCAAGAUGCGAAGUCAGAGCUGGCCGAGUUGUUCGCGAAGAUCGAGGGAGUGCGCGAGCGGGCGCUGGAAACUGAACGGACAAUCACGGAGAUGACGGCGGACAUCAAACGUUUGGACAGCACGAAGAAGAACCUCACGCUCUCAAUGACGGCGUUGAAGCGUCUGCAAAUGUUGACCACUGCUUAUGAACAAUUGCGUGGCCUCAUCGAGACGAAGCAAUACCGGGAAUGCGCCCAUCUGUUACAAGCUGUCAUACAGCUCAUGGCACAUUUCAAGAGUUAUCGAAGUAUCGACCAGAUUGCCGCACUGAGCAAAAGCGUGGCGGACAUUCAGAGGGAGUUGCUGGAGCAGAUUUGCGAGGACUUUGAACUGACGUUUGCAAAGAAUGAGAUCUAUCAAAAUCGGACAAUGCUGAACGAGGCGUGUCAAGUGAUGGAUGCGCUGGGCGAGCACGCACGGUCGAGGCUGAUAACCUGGUACUGCAACACCCAGCUCCGAGAGUACAGGCGGGUCUUCAGAGGGAAUGAUGAGGCUGGAUCCUUGGACAACAUCUCCCGUCGAUAUUCCUGGUUCAAUCGAAUGCUCAAGACUUACGAUACUGAGCACUCCAUGCUCUUUCCUGCUUCUUGGAAAGUGAACGAGAUGCUGGCCAACGCAUUCUGCGAAAACACAAGGGACGACUACAAAGGAAUUCUUCAAAAGGCCAUGCGUAGAGCGGACGGUCAGCCGCCUGAUGUCAAUCUUCUCCUGUCCUGUCUUCAAGAGACAUUGGAUUUCGAGCACAGUCUCGAGCGACGAUUUUCUUCUGGAGAGUCGAGGUCAUCUAUGGAUACCGUGAACUCGAUUGAAGACAGACGACCGGGCUUCAGUCAGGCCAUUUCGGAAGCUUUCGAGCCAUAUUUGAGCAUAUGGGUGGAGUCGCAGGACAAGCAGCUCUCAAAUCUCAUACCCAGAUACCGACAACAGCCUGUUCGUCCUCCGGAAGAAGAAUUCCAUUCCCAGCUGGUGAUUCCAUCGUCUACGGAAUUGUUUCACAGCUACCGCGUGACCUUGGCGCAAUGUGCAAAGCUAUCCACAGGAAGUCGAUUGCUGGAACUAUCAAAGACAUUCGCAAAAUAUCUGGAUGCCUAUGCACAGCAAGUGCUCUUUUACUUUCUCUCCGAGAAGACGGGCGGUCCCAGCAUGGAGGACGCUGUGAUCAUCUUGAACACCGCAGACUACUGCUACCAGACGACUACCCAGCUCGAGGAGAAGAUCAAGUCUCGUAUCGAUGAAGACUUGCGCGAGAAAGUGGAUUUACAGUCACAAGCCGACACAUUCCUGGGUGUUGCCUCAGCUGCUGUCCGUGGUCUGGUACACAAGACGGAAGCGGACUGUGAGCCAGCCUGGCGAGAAAUGCGCUCAGUAGCCUGGAGUAAAAUGGACAGCGUCGGCGACCAAAGCUCGUUCGUAUCAUCUCUGUUGCAACGAGUCAAAGACCGCAGCCGAGAGAUUCUGCGCUACUUACACAAGCCCCACUACGCUCGCGCGUACUGUGACAACAUGGUCGACGCUCUCACAAACACUUACAUUCUCAACAUUGUCGCGAGCCGCCCCGUCUCAGAGACAGGUGCCGAGCAAAUGCUUCUUGACUCUUACGUUUUGAAGAAGGGUUUCGCCGAACUCGCGACCCUGAACGCUGAGCCAGGCACGCCAGUCAACGCUGCCUUCGUCAAGCGCGUCAAUCAGACCACGGCAAAAUUGGAUCCAAUUCUCAAAACUCUGCAGGUCCGCGCAUCGCCGCCGGAAGGGCUCGUGCAAGCCUAUCUCAUUCACAUUCGCGACCGCUCGGAGCCCAACUUUCGAAAAAUGCUCGAGCUGAAGGGCAUUGCGCGAAAAGGAGACCAGAACCACCUCAUCGAACUGUUCAACGCGCACAAAGCCAGUUCUGCCAACGAAAACCUUCAGAACAGCAAUCCACUUAUUGCCUCACUGCAACUCACACCGCAGGGUCCAACGACUGCCACAGGACUGGGCCUCGCCGCAUUGAAGGAUAGCGCGGCAUCGCACUCGACGCCCUCACUACCCGCCCGCUUUGACCCGUCCAAUUUCGGGAAUGUGCUCAUGAACGCUGCGAGAGAUGCGGGAGACCGCUUCGUGUCCUCCGGGUCACCGCAUCUCGGUGUGGGCGGAAGAGACGGCACUACUAGAGACGGUGCGACGCCGAGCUUGAACGAAAAUCUCAGGAACUUGGGCAAAUUCUUCAAGGUCAGAGACGGAGGUGGCUUCGGAGGUUUUGGUAGAUAG